AUGGCGACCAUAGCCGAUGUAAUUCCCAGGCCGGCCGGUCAAUCCGGGCUGUGGAGCUGGAUUACGACGGUUGACCACAAGAGAAUAGGCGUCCUGUACGGAACGACGGCUUUUAUAUUCCUGUUGCUUGGCGGUAUCGAGGCAGGGGUCAUCCGGUUGCAGUUGGCCGUGCCAGAUAACACGCUGAUAAACCCGGAUACUUUCAAUCAGAUGUUCACCAUGCAUGGGACCACCAUGAUCUUCCUGGUGAUCAUGCCGUUAAGCGCCAGUUUCUUUAAUUUCGUUAUACCACUGGCCAUCGGCGCAAGAGACGUAGCAUUCCCACGCCUCAAUGCGUUCAGUUACUGGGUGUUCCUGUUCGGCGGUCUGCUGUUGAACGCCAGUUUCCUGACCAACCAGGCUCCCGAUGCCGGAUGGUUCUCAUAUGCCAACCUGACUGAGAAACCAUUUAGCGCAAAUGCCGGACUCGAUUACUGGGCCCUGGGCUUGCAGGUGCUGGGCAUUUCCUCAUUGGCUGCGGCUUUUAAUUUCAUUGUAACGAUAGUAAACAUGCGGGCUCCCGGAAUGAGCCUGAUGCGAAUGCCCCUGUUCGUCUGGAUGACCCUGGUCACGUCGAUAUUGCUAGUCCUGGCAUUUCCAGUGAUUACUGUGGGGCUCAUCGAACUGACAUUCGACCGCAACUUUGGCACCAACUUCUUUGUCCCUGAGGGUGGCGGCGACCCGAUCUUGUGGCAGCACCUUUUCUGGGUGUUCGGUCAUCCUGAAGUGUACAUUCUGAUUCUGCCAGCCAUGGGUAUCGUCUCUGAGGUGUUGCCGACCUUCUCCAGGAAACCGCUGUUUGGCUACCCGGUGGUGGUUUUUCCGGCGUAG